AAUCCCAAAAAAUGUGAACGCGAGGUUCUUACACUACUAUAAAUACUUGCAUCGCGGGCCUUCAAAACCCUAACGAAGCAAGAGAGAGCAGCCGGCAGAGGGUCACUGGUUUUGCAAUUAGGGCAUAAGCAGCCGAUCGCCUGCGGCAAUGACCUUCAAGCGCAGAAAUGGCGGCCGAAACAAGCACGGCCGCGGCCACGUCAACUUCAUCCGCUGCUCCAACUGCGGAAAAUGCUGUCCCAAGGAUAAGGCUAUUAAGAGGUUUCUGGUGAGGAAUAUCGUGGAACAAGCUGCCGUCAGGGAUGUACAGGAGGCCUGUGUUUAUGAAAAUUAUACUCUCCCAAAACUCUAUGCCAAGGUUCAGUACUGUGUUUCCUGCGCUAUUCACUCUCAUGUUGUAAGAGUUAGAUCUCGCACUGCCAGGAGGGUUCGUGAGCCUCCACAGCGGUUCAGGCGCAGGGAGGAUUUGGGAAGACCUGGUCAAGGAGGACCACCUCGCCCUGGUGGUGUUGCUGGCGCUGCACCUGUUCGCCCAUGAGCCAAGACAAGAGUGUCCUGGUUUCAAUAAUUUAUCUGGUUUUAUUUUACAAAGUACCUUUCAACUUUUGUGGACAUCUUUGCUAGCAACAUUUUUGUAUUCUCAACUGUUGAAUUUAUUAAGUAUUCUGUAGUGUUUCGUUUCUGUGAA